ACGAGCGGGGUUUGAGGAGAUAAAGGAAGAGUCAGUUACCACGUUAACAAAGGUACUCUUGGAAACUCUCUCCACCGCUGGGUUCUCCGUAAUCAACGAGCCAAGACGUUUACACCUCAAUUAACAGAAUGGAGGAAACCGAUCAAAGCAGUGCAUCCAAGUCCAUACGUGUCUUCUGAACCAACCAACGCCCGUGGAGCCUCCAACAAACGCAUCCGUCUUUGCCAAAGCGAUCAAGACGACGAGAUCAUCCAUGGAGGAUCUGACGCGGCUGCUACCUCCCGACGUGCUCGCCGACGUCCUCCGCCGCCUCGAGUCGCCGCGUCGCCUCGCCGCAUCCCGUUCCGUCUGCAAGGCGUGGCGGGACAUCAUUGACGCCUACCGCCUGCUGCGCACCGACCUCCUUCCCCUCUCACUGGGAGGUAUCUUCACCUACAUCCAUGGCACAGACCUCCCCAAGUACUUCUCGCCGGUCUCAUCCGAAACCAUCGCCCCGUUUGACUACUUGGGCACCCACGACGUCGAAAGCCUGACGAUCAUGCAACACUGCAAUGGCCUACUCCUGCUUGGCGAGGAAGAGGUGAGGGUGCUUAACCCCGCAACUCGCCAAUGGGUGUGCUUGCCUUCUCCUCCACCCAUGUUCACGCCAUGCAUGGAAGACGCCCAUGAAAUCAUAAGCUCUUGCACGACGGAUCAUGAUAUGUACCUUGUAUUUGACCCUAUGAUGUCGUCGGAAUUUAAGAUCUUCUUAAUCAAGUAUGUUCCCAACCAUCCCUCCCCCGAUUGCAAUCAAUUGGCUAAACCGGAAGUACACGCACGAGAAUGGCCACCGUCCACAUUCGUUUUUCUUGUCUUCUCAUCGGAGACAAUGGAGUGGGAGGAGAAACCGUUCAUUCGAGAAGGGGAUGCCGCUGGGACAGUUGGCCAUAUGUUCCAAGUUGAUACACCCCGCCACUGCUAUGCAACAUAUUGGAGAGGAGCACUUUAUGUGCACCAACAUGAUUUUCUUAUGAGAAUAACAUUGGCAGGUUCUAAGUACCAAGUAAUUAAGCUGCCAACAGGUCUUCAUGAGAUAGAAUAUGAUUACAGUUAUGUAGGAAAAUCAGAAAAAGGGGUAUAUUAUACAUCACUUUAUGGAUACGAUGGAUUACGGUAUGGAUAUAAUGGCUACGGACUUCGGGUUUGGUUCCUCGACGAAUCAAGAGGUCACAUGAAGUGGGAUUUGAAAUGUGAAGUCAACCUUAAGCCUUUGCUGGCCAAUUUCCCAUGGAAAUGCAAUGAUAAGCCAUGGGCCUUACGACAUGGUAACGAUGAUCACAGUUACCUGAGCAGAGUACUAAUGGAAGAGAAUUUCGAUUGGGGUUUCGACUACUAUAACCCCCAUGAACCUGUAUAUAUCCCCCGUAGAUAUGCUAUUUCACUACUCGGCUUCCAUCCAAACAAAGAAGUUGUCUUUUUUCACACACCCUCCAAAAGAGUAGUGGCAUAUCAUUUUGAUAGUUCCAAGAUUGAAGACUUGGGGUUCUUACCCACAGAACAUCCUGGCGAUGUAUACAUAUCUUUUCCAUACAUGCCAUGUCGUACUGGAGAUUUAUCGGACAACUAGGUUAGAAAGGUUGUGAGGAUGUGUAGUUAAUUAGCACAUGUUUCUUAUGUGCAUAUAAUUUGUACUAGCAAUCAUCCUUGUCCAAGGUAUGUUUUGUGCGUAUACCAUUCUUGAUUUGAUGGAAA